GGCUCUUGUUUCCCCUCUCUUUCAUUUUGCUCUUCUACCUUCGUCAUUCCAUUUUAUUCUCUCCCUUUCCCCUUCUUUCAUCAAUGGCGGACUGGUCAGAACUACCGGCAGAACUCCUCGGAGAAAUCUUAAUCCGCCUCAAUUCCUCAAUUGACGCCCUCCGAUUCCGAUCUGUCUGUUCUACUUGGCGCCAAUCAUCUCUAUCCAAUCCCAAAUCCAACGGCCUGCGAACCCCCUUAUCUCUUCCUUCCCAUGAAAUCUCCCUCUCCAAGCGCUCCAUAUUCCUUAUAUCUCCUCCCCAAACCCCCAUUUCUGAAUCAUCCAACAAUAAUAACAAUCCCAAUUCAUGGGUCAUCAAAAUCGAAGAAAAAAGCCCUAAUUUUUUCAAUAUUUUCUUCCCACUUUCAUGGUCCAAAAUCAUACCUAUACCUUACCAUUUCCCAAAAGUUAUGGAUAUCUUGAACAUUCGAAUUCGUGAAUUGGGCUGUGAGUAUUUUCUUCGUUACACCGAUAAAGCUUGUUUUAGGGGUGAUUUUCUUAAUUUGCUUAUGGAAAAGGUUGCAUUUGUAUCAGGGGUUAAUGUUGAUGAUUUUUUUCUUUUGACUAUUCAUGUUUCUGGGAAAUUAGCUUUGUUUAAUAAUGUUGAUAAUCAAUGGCAUAUUUAUUCUGAUGAUGUAGACUUACCUUAUGAUGAUGUUAUUGCAUUUAAUGGGGAAUUUUAUGCUGUUGAUUAUACUGGGAGGACUGUGUUGGUUGGUUACGACGCGGUUGAUAAUAGCGCCGUUUUAGUGGCGAAAUCUAUUUGUGGAGGUGAUAAGAAGCGUUUAGUUGAAAUUGGUGGUGAGUUAAUGUUGGUGGAUGUUUAUAUGAGUCUUCCUCCAUGGGAGCAUGAUCAUGACAUGGAAGAUUUGGAUCAAUAUGUCUCAUCGAGGUCCAUGUGGUUCAAGGUCUUUAGGUUGGAUAGGGAAGGGAAGAAUUGGGUUGAGGUUAAAGAUUUCGGAAACUAUAUUUUGUUCUUGGGCAUGUAUUCUGGGUUUUCAGCAUCUGCUGUGGAUGUGUUGUGCCAGAAAGGGAACUGCAUUUAUUUUUCUUUCCCGGAUAACUUUUACCCGUCAAAUUUUGAUGAAGAUGAUGAUGUCUUCAAGUUCCACUGUGGCGGGGUGUAUAAUUUGGAGGAUGCUAGCAUCACUUAUUCCAAGUUGUUCUGGCCUCCUCCUCCUUGGGUUGCUUCAUCUUUGUAGGAGGCUAUUAUGCAAGCCAGGGUUUGCCAGGGUGUGUGGUGUGAGUCUGGUGAUUGUGAGGCAUGGGCAUCAGCAGGUAUUAUUUGGGCUUUUUGUAGGCUUGCAUGAAAUUGUUUUCUUUCCUGAUGGCCUCGUCAAUACGGAUAUGUGAUGUUGUAUAAAGUUUUCCCGCAACCUAAUGUACGUGCACCUUGCCAACCAAGCAUCUACUUGGAUGGAAUAUAGCUUGUCCAGUGCAAACUUCUGGUAUAGACUGAUAGACUACUGAGCAACUGACUUCUUUGUGGUGUGUGACUGCUUGGCAUGCAGUAAACUGGCACUUUCUACUUCCUAGUAGGUCUGAUACGGACCAAUUACCCCGGCUGGUAAAAUAGGUUAUUGUGGUUAUUGGGAUUUGGGAAUGUGGCUCUAUGGGGAAUUGGGUUGUGCACUUGGGCUGACCUGGAAACGAUCCAAAAUUACCGGAAAACCUCAGAAGAUUUUUAUUUCGUGGAGAAAGUUAGAAACUCAUUUUUAUCUUUCCUCAAGCCCUUUCCACCCUUCCUCUCUGUAAACUGUGAACACGGCAAAAGAAAAAAAGCAUAAGAAAGAGCCGUUUGUUAUAGAGUGAAGCUGUGAGCUUUUGAAGUUGUUUUUGCUACCGUUUUUGUUAAUUUCCUAUGAUCCUUGUGAUGAAGUGAUAUUUUUUAAGAAACAAAUGAAUACCGCUUCAUUCACCUGCUAUCAACCUAAAACUAAAGUUGAGGCCACAAAACAAGGAACCCCCUCAAAACAGUAGGAACUGGGAACCACCAUGUAAAUUUCUUCUCUUCAUCAAUUUCAAAAGUCUAAUCAGCAAGAAGUUGGACUAGAUUGUUGACCCAAGUAAACUUCACAUCCCAGUUCCUUUCCAAAAGCUCAAAAAUUUGAGCAGCCCAGUUCAUGAAUUUUCAAGCAUAUCUUUGGAAGAUCUCACGUCAGUUUCCAGUAGGAGAUUCUCAGUCCCAUCCUCAUGUCAGUAAAUCAGACCCUGAUAAACCACCAUCAAUUCAGUCGCAAAAGGUGAAGGAGCUUUGUACUUGAUUGCGAAUCCAAAUAACCAUCUUCCAAGUUCAUCACGUACUGCAUCAUAAACUUUGAUACAAUAUGUUAGUUACAGUACGCGUGGGUCUUACUUCCGCCCAAAUUUCCAAUAAAAAGUGUCCCAGAAUUCUACCUCCGGACUUUGUAGGGACAAAUUAUAUAUAACUUCACCGUGUAUGCAUCAUCUCACCGUUGUUUGGUCAAAGUGUUUCAGACAAACAUUAGUGUCCUCUGGAAAAAAAGCUUUCCAGUACUUCGGAAUGCAACCGUAAUCUAAAUUGUAAACACUCGAUAAUCUUUCUUCUCUUUCAGUUCCAUUGUUAUUUAUGUCAUAUCUU